UGCACUCCUAUGUGAGAUGCACACUGAGAGCCAAUGUGGAGGUAACCGUGGUCACUGUUUCCCAGAGGACCGUCUGGCGGCGAGGGCCAUUAAUUAUAAGAGACAGGGAGACAGACAGCUAGCCUGCUAAGCAGACAGACAGACAGCACCGCAGAGAGCGCAGACAGGCCUGACAGGAGCAGGCCCCGACAAAUACAAAGAAAGGAGGAAGAGCAGCACGCACGGCCAAGAAAAAUAAUCCUCCCCGUGUAGCGAGUAGCCUGCAGCUAUCUGCACCGCCCCUGCUUCUCAUCCUGCCAGUGGACUAUGAUGCGCAGGGAGACAGAAUAAAAGUUGUGUGUUGGCCAAUGCGCCCCUGCGUCGGUCCCAUCCUGCAGAAGCAUGUCCCGUCGGAAACAGAAACGACCUCAGCAGCUUAUGAACCUGACCCUCGGUGCCUGUCGGAUACUUGAGCAUGAUGACAACUUGGCAGUGAAGUCAAACUCCUUUCCAUUUAUCCUGGAUUCUCCCUUGUGCUCUCCAUCGUCCUCUCUUCAAAGCUCCCAGCUGCCACUCGCUCUCCGUUCAUCUUUCAAGGGCUCUCAGACCCCCUCUUUACCUACUGAGGGUCCACCGAUAUCCUGCUCACCGAGCCAUCCCUUCCACCAGCCCCUCAAACACCCACAGCCCUCCCUCUCUCCUGACAUCCCUUACUCCUCUUUCUCUUCCCAAACUCAAUUUCCACCUGCCCUUCAACUGCCUGGUUGCGAUCCUACAUCUUCUGCAAGUGCCCUCACCCCCCCCUCCCGAAGCGCACACAUGGCCUCUCCCAAGUUGGGGCUGUCAGCCACCACCACCACCUCUUCUUCCUCCUCAUCGUCCUCUGCCUCCCUAUGUCCUCCACCACACCCUGGAAGCCCCAGUCGCGUGCCUGAGGGCCCCCCAAGUCCUGUAACUCCAAUUCCCAGCCCAGGAGUGACAUCUGCCUCAGCUGCACCCUCUAGGGCCCAACUGAGCAUUGCCCUGAUCCUGGAGGAGCUCAGGGUGCUUCAGCAAAGGCAGAUUCAUCAGAUGCAGAUAACGGAAGAGAUUUGUAGACAGGUGCUACGCCUCGGUGGAGCCUCCUAUACCAUAGACACACCCUCCCAGCAUCUUCUCCCUCCCCUGCCUCAGCUCUGCCUGGAAGGCAGCAAAAGAGCAGCCAGCCCAACUACCCAGCCAACUACACCUCAGCCUUCCACCUCUGUUGCACCUCUCCUGGCAUGUUUCUCCUCCCUGCUCCCUUCUCAGGCUACCAACAAACCCACAAAGCCAAGCAGUUCCUUGUCUCAAAUCCUGCAGCCCCACAAACCCCAGAUGGAAGGGACAGGAGGAUCUGCAGGGGCUCAUGGUUUUCUGAGGGUGAGUUCUCGAUCCUCAGCCCCCUCCACAUCCUCCUCACCUGCCAUCUCCAUGGCUUCCUCCAACUAUCCGCUAGCCUUGUCUUUAGCUUUGCCCAACCGCUAUCUUCAUGAGAAAUCUCCAAAUACCACUUCAGUGACUGGGCACAGUGGCAUAUCCUUCCUAAACUCAUCCAUCCCCACAUCAGUAUCUAUGGUCCCAAACUCCCAAAAUGCUCUGCAAUCUUUCUCUGGAGGAGCAGACUCUUCCUCUGCAUCAAGCUCCACCACCACAGGCCGCCUCCAACAUGCCUGCCGCUUUUGUGGAAAAACGUUCAGUAGUGAUUCUUCCCUGCAGAUACAUCUACGCUCACACACAGGAGAACGACCCUACCAGUGUCCAGUGUGCCUCAGCCGCUUCACCACACGAGGCAACCUCAAGGUGCACUUCCUACGCCAUCGUGAGCAAAACCCGGAGCUCUCACUUUCACUCCUGCCACCUUCCUUGUUUGGGGUAGCAUUGGGGGCCACUGGGGGAUCAGAAAUGGGACAGACCAUGAGCAGUGGCGGCAGUAAUAGUGGCAUGAAUAUGAUGCAGAAGAUGUCAAAAAGCAGGCCGGAGGAUGAAAUGUGUGGAGAUAAUAUGGAGGUCAGUGGUACCAGCACUGGCUUUUCUCUAGGAGCGUCUGGAGGAUCUACCCCUUCGUCCCUACCCUUGCCCCCUAGUGUAGACCUGGCAUUAAUUUCCCACUCUCUCCUGCAGCUUAAUAGGGCUGCAGCUGUAGCAGCUGCAGCCUCUAUUGCCUCAGGCUCAUCCCACUCCUCCUCCUCUUCAACCUCCACCUCUUCUCUGGCAACCUCCCUCCUCUCCAACCCUUCCUUAUCAUCGUCUUCCACCAUCACAGGGUUAUUCAAGGGUGCCAAGCAGCAGCACUUUGAUGAGAACACUCCCCCUCAUGCCCCAAUGCUUUCUCCUGCCGCCUACUCCCAGCUAGCCCACCUGCCUAAGCUCCUUUUCCCAUCUGUUUCAACUUCUUCCUCUACCCCUGCUGCACACUCAUCCCUCUACAACCAUCCAGCCUUGGGCUUGCUACGUACCCCACUACCCUCUUCUCCAGGCUCCCACCAACUUGCUUCUGCCAGCCAUUCUCAGCUUUCUUUCCCUUUCUCUUCUUUUCCUAAAGUCCCAGGUCCACCCUCAACCACUCCAUCCUCCCUGUCUUCCUCCACUCCUACAUCUGAAACCUCAAAGCUGCAGAGGCUGGUGGAGAAGCUAGAGAAAGUGCCCCGCUCCUCUUCUCCAUGGACUUCCUCUACUUCCUCCUCCAUUCUGGAGAUGUUAUCUAGCAGUGCUGCUACCUCUUCGAGCUUAGCCAACAGUCGUUUCACAAAUGCCAGCACUUCAACCACAUAUGUCAUGGCGUCCCCACCAUCUUCGACUCGUGCUUCCACUUCUGUUUCAAACUUCACCCAUGAGAUGGUUGCUGCCCUAGGCAUGAGUGCCAAUGGAGCGAAUGCCAUGGCAGGGGGCUUACUACCAUCACUAAGCAUCACAGGUCCAGCUGGUAACCUGACAAGCAAUCAGUGUGGAGUGUGUCUACGGGUGCUGAGCUGUCCCAGAGCACUGCGUCUGCACCAGGCUACGCACCUUGGAGAACGCCCUUUUCCUUGUAAGAUAUGUGGCAGAUCCUUCUCUACCAAAGGCAGCCUGCGGUCACAUCUGGCCACCCAUCAUGCCCGACCACCCAAUACACGUGUUCAGAACUCUUGUCCACUGUGCCAGCGUAAGUUCACCAAUGCCCUAGUGCUCCAGCACCACAUCCGUAUGCACCUUGGUGGACAGUUGCCCACAGAUGGCACAGAGGAUUCUGCACAUGAGAUGCCAGCUGAAUCUAAUGCCAAACCUGUGACACAAUCUCAAUCCCAAUCUACUGACCCAAGUACUGUCUCUAGUAAAACACCUCCUCUAGCAGGCCACUCUAAGAGCCCAGCCACAAGUUCACAAUUUCAAACUCCAGCGGUUGGCUCGGUCUCUGUAGCUGGCAGUACGAAAUCAGUUGAGUUCACCAAAAAUCCCAUCAAGUCUGGGUCCACCAGCCCAGAUCUAAUCCCCCCCUCUGACCUGAGCCCUGACCCCUUCAUGAAUCCCACCACACAAACUCCACCCCCAGGCAGCGUAGAACCCCCUGUACUUUGUGUCAGUGCCCCCUUGCCAGCCUCCCAGCAAACAGAACAAGCUUCCCCAGUUAGCAAAGACAACCAGGUUGAACUUCAAGCUGCAGCCGAUCCUAAAUCCAGCACCUCACCAAUUUCCUCCACGGUUACCAAAACUACAGUGUCAUCUAAUGCUAUGCUAGUAGACUGUGGAGAGGAUGACACACUUACCUCCUCCGAAGCCUUCCUUGGUUCCAGAUCCAACCUGGGGGACUUACAAAGCACACCUGUCCUUGAUGACCCCUUUGCUUACACCUGUCCCAGUACUUCCUCUGACCCCAUCCUGAGUCAAGAUGUUACUAAUGUUAUUGCAACACCAACCAUGGAAUCAGAGUUAGUCUCCCCAAGGCCCCAAUCACCAGAACCUAUGGAAGAAGACAAAGAUCAGGCUUCUCCACCAGCAACACCAAAGCAAGACCAAGCAACUGUGCCUGACAAGGACCCCAACAUGUCCACUUUGGAGACUGCUGACACUAUUGGUGCUGAAGUAGGAGGUGCAUCACAGAGAGCUGCCACGUUUGUAAGGGAGACACAUCAGAGCUAUCAUUUUGAUUCGUAUGGGGGGGGAGACCAAGUGGAAGAUGUUAACAUUAGUGGAUUGGCUCCAAUUGAAGCACUGGAUGGUUCAGUUCCCAUCAACCUUGCCCCAACCCUCCCAUCUCCGAUGUCUCGUCCUGAGAAGAAGACCUAUUGCUGUGCUGAGUGUGGAAAAGAGUAUGCUAGUCGCAGUGGACUAAAGGGGCACAUGAAGCAUCAUGGUGUGGCAACCAAAACAACACGUCCACCAGCCCGGAGUAGUCGUUCCUCCGCUGACCAACUUCCUUCUUCUACAUCUAUGACUUCCUUGAACAUUCCUGCCACCAGGAGCUCAGCAGGCUUCUGGAAUCAGUACCAAGCUUUCCUCAACACCAGUAACGAGCCAACUGAUGAUCCAACCGCUGGCAGCCAAGGAGAGAAUCAGUCGGCACGGUCGGCAAAAUCACCCAUUCAAUCUCCGAUGGAUCCAAGGUCCGUUGAGGAUGCUGGGGAAGAGUCUAGUGAAGAGUCGUAACUCGAGUCAGCGUGAUUUGCUGAAUAACAUUCUGGUGUUUUCAAUCAAGGUUACCUUUUGGUGAAACUGUAUGAACAUUUGCAUAGUACUGCUUCCUUAACACAUUUCAAGUAGCCUGUCAGUUUCAUAGUCAGAGUAAUAUGUUUGUAUGUGAAAGUUGUGAGUUGAUCAGCUUGGUCUUGUUGUGUUUAAAAAAAAAAAAAAAAGGAAAAAAAAAAAGACAGCUAAUGUACAAAUAAAGAUGAAAA